CGCCGAGUUUGGUGGGCGUUACUCGGCGGUGCCGCCAUGACUAUUCUCCCCAAAAAGAAACCACCGCCUCCCGACGCCGACCCCGCCAACGAGCCGCCGCCGCCCGGGCCGCUGCCCCCGGCGCCUCGCCGCGGCGGGGGUGUAGGCGUGGGCGUCGGCGGCACGGGUGUGGGCUGCGGCGAUCGCGACCGUGACUCGGGAGUCGUUGGCGCCCGUCCUCGAGCCUCGCCACCGCCUCAGGGCCCGCUCCCGGGGCCACCGGGUGCCCUCCAUCGCUGGGCGCUGGCCGUGCCGCCUGGCGCCGUGGCGGGCCCCCGGCCACAGCAGGCCUCUCCUCCUCCUUGUGGGGGCCCCGCCGGUCCCGGCGGCGGUCCCGGUGACGCGUUGGGUACCACGGCAGUGGGCGUGGGCAGUGCCGUUGGCGUGGGUGGUUGCUGCUCUGGGCCGGGUCACAGCAAGCGGCGGCGUCAAGCCCCUGGGGUUGGCGCGGUUGGCGGGGCCAGCCCUGAGCGUGAGGAGGUCGGCGCAGGUUACAACAGUGAGGAUGAGUAUGAAGCGGCUGCAGCGCGCAUGGAGACCAUGGACCCCGCCACCGUUGAGCAGCAGGAGCACUUGUUUGAAAAGGCCCUGCGAGACAAGAAGGGCUUCAUCAUCAAGCAGAUGAAGGAGGAUGGCGCCUGUCUCUUCCGGGCUGUAGCUGACCAGGUGUAUGGAGACCAGGACAUGCAUGAGGUUGUGCGAAAGCACUGCAUGGACUAUCUGAUGAAGAAUGCCGACUACUUCUCUAACUAUGUCACAGAGGACUUUACCGCCUACAUCAACCGGAAGCGGAAAAACAACUGCCAUGGCAACCACAUUGAGAUGCAGGCCAUGGCAGAGAUGUACAACCGACCCAUGGAGGUGUACCAGUACAGCACAGAACCCAUCAACGCAUUCCAUGGGAUCCAUCAAAAUGAGGAUGAACCCAUCCGUGUCAGCUACCAUCGGAAUAUCCACUACAAUUCAGUGGUGAAUCCUAACAAGGCCACCAUUGGCGUGGGGCUGGGCCUGCCAUCAUUCAAACCAGGGUUUGCAGAGCAGUCCCUGAUGAAGAAUGCCAUAAAAGCAUCGGAGGAAUCGUGGAUUGAACAGCAGAUGCUGGAAGACAAGAAGCGGGCCACAGACUGGGAGGCCACAAAUAAGGCCAUUGAGGAGCAGGUGGCUCGGGAGUCCUACCUGCAGUGGCUGAGGGAUCAGGAGAAACAGGCUCGCCAAGUCCGUGGCCCCAGCCAGCCCCGGAAAGCCAGCGCCACGUGCAGCUCUGCCACAGCAGCAGCCUCCAGUGGUCUGGAGGAGUGGACCAGCCGGUCCCCAAGGCAGCGGAGUUCAGCCUCGUCACCCGAGCACCCUGAGCUGCAUGCCGAGCUGGGCAUCAAGCCCCCUUCCCCAGGCACUGUCUUAGCUCUUGCCAAACCUCCUUCACCCUGUGCACCAGGUACGAGCAGCCAGUUCUCGACAGGGGCCGACCGGGCUACUUCUCCCCUCGUGUCCCUCUACCCUGCUCUGGAGUGCCGGGCCCUCAUUCAGCAGAUGUCCCCCUCUGCCUUUGCAGGCCUGAACGACUGGGAUGAUGAUGAGAUCCUAGCGUCGGUGCUGGCAGUGUCCCAACAGGAAUACCUAGACAGUAUGAAGAAGAACAAAGUGCACAGAGACCCACCCCCAGACAAGAGUUGAUGGAGACCCAGAGACUGGAGACGAUCUCCCAACACCCACACUCCUGCCCUCUGGUGCCACCCCACCUUCUUUGGCUUUCUUCCCUCUUGCCUUCUUCCUUCUUCCCUCUCUCCCCUCCUUUCACUCCUCCCCACUUCCCUCUGGCUAGCCCACCCCUGCGCGCCCUCUCAUCGCUGCCACCACCAUCAUCACCUGUCUCUUCGCCCGCUGACGUGCCCUGUUGCCCCCUGCACAGCACCAUCCCUGCAUUCCACAGGGGACUCGGGCAAGGGUGCUGAAGGUAGGCGAGAGGCACACAGAGACAAACCAACUGGCAGCCAGGCAGCCCCUGAGGAGUGACAUUCAGACAGAGGAAAGUCUCCCUGUCCCUGAUUCCUUCCAAGAUCAGAAACUUGUCACCCCAGCACAAAUGAUGCCGAGGAGGUGGGAGGAGAAAGUGGGAAAAUCCCCUUCCCAGUACCCCAGUCAUUGUUGAAAUUUUUCUCUAUUAAACUGUACUUUUAUCUUAUA